AUGCAGCCUGGCGGCAUCAAAACCAAGGCUUUGCGCAUCCUCAAGCAGCGGAAGAGUAAAGAGAAACUAAAACAUGAAGCACUUCCGACAACAAAUCUUGACGAAAGCAUCGUUGGAUGGCAGAGUCAAGAUGACCCCGAAAUGCCCUUCAAUUUUUCACAGUGGCACAAGUGGAUGUGGGUUGGGCUUCUUUCAACUAUCACGCUGCUUACCCCAUUCGCAUCAUCCAUUCUCUCACCUGCCAUAGGAGACUUGGACAAAGAGUUUGGAAAUGACAAUGCUAUGGUGGGGUCAUUUACUGUCAGCAUAUACCUCCUUGGAUAUGUCAUUGGUCCCAUAUUUAUUGCUCCUCUUUCCGAGAUAUAUGGACGCAAGCCUGUCCUGAGUUUGGCCAAUGCGUUUUUCUGCCUAUGGCAGAUUGGAUGCGCCUUGGCACCAAAUAUUGAGACUCUUAUCGUCUGUCGAUUUUUCAGUGGAUUUGGUGGCGUCGCCUGCUUAACUCUUGGGGGUAGUAUCAUCGGCGAUCUCUUCCGGCCUGACCAGCGUGGGUUUGCUAUAGGAAUGUGGAAUAUUGGGCCAUUAUUAGGCCCUACAAUCGGUCCUCUACUCGGCGGGUUCUUGGCUGAAUCUAUUGGUUGGCGUUAUGACUUUUGGAUAGUACUGGUCCCGGCCACUAUAGUUACAGUACUUAUUGCCUUUAUAACCCAGGAGACGAGUCACAAAGUCCUCAUGCAUCGAAAGGCAUGCCGUCUUCAGAAAGAGCUUGGCCGAGACGAUCUCAAGAGUUGCUAUGACGAUUCGGGCAAUCAGAGCACAACCCAGAUCCUCACCACGGGCUUAAUUCGGCCACUAAAGAUGCUGUUCUUUUCUCCUAUUGUAUUUUUCCUUUCUUUAUACAUAUCAUUUAUGUUCGGAGUUGUGUAUUUGCUCUAUACGACCAUCCCAAGUGUUUUUGAAGAGUCAUACGGAUUGGACGUUAGCCAAACAGGGCUUGUAUACCUCGCUCUCGGUCUCGGCAAUAUUUUGGGAUGGAUCGUAAUCACUUUCUUCUCCGACAAACUUGUGGUAAAACACGCGCAAGCUAACGAAGGUGUCUUUGAACCCGAAAUGCGCCUCACCAUCAGUAUUUACUUUGGGGUGUUCCCUCCGAUUACUUUACUCUGGUACGGAUGGAGCUCGUUUUAUCAUGUCAAACUAGCGUCAACGAUAAUAUCGCUGAUACCAUACGGCUUUGGUAUCAUGGGCCUUUUCCUGGGCAUUACCACAUAUCUUGUCGACAGCUAUCCCAUCUAUGCGGCCUCGGCGAUUGCAGCCAACGUCAUUCUAAGAAGUUUGGUGGGAGCUUUGCUGCCGUUGGCUGGACCGCCCAUGUAUGCAUCUCUGGGAUUAGGUUGGGGUAACACAUUGUUGGGGCUUAUUUGCAUUGUCAUGAUUCCAUUGCCUGUCCUGUUCUAUAAGUUUGGGGCUCGGCUGAGAAAAGCCCAGCGCGUUCAGUUGUGA